UUUUCGGUUGCUGCUUCGCUGUUACCACCUGACGACACAUUUCGCUCUCAAUUCUCUCUCCCUCCCUCGCAUUCAUCGAUCGCCGCCGUAAGCCUCGGUUCGCCAUGCCGUCGGACGCGAGGCCCUGACAUGAACCCCGCCCUCUCCUCCACGUCCUCCCUGUCGGCCCCCUCCUCGGCGUCGGCGGCGGCGGCGGCGGCGUCGUCGUCCGCCGCCUCCUCUUCGGCGCCGACCUCCUGGUUCGCCGGCAUCGUUCGCGGCCGCUCCGACAAGCCCGGCGGAGCCAGGAUGUCCGGGAGCUCCGCCUCCGCCGCCGACGCCGCCGGCCCGAUCAAGGGCAAGAACCAGUUCCGCGGCGUGCUCUUCAAGUACGGCACCAAACCGAUUCAGGUUGCAUUUAAAACAGGUGAAUACAAGCAGCAAGUCAUUUUCAUUGGCGGUCUCACUGAUGGUUUUCUGGCGACAGAGUACUUGGAACCUCUUGCAAUUGCUUUGGACAAGGAGAAGUGGUCACUUGUUCAGUUGCUGAUGUCUUCUUCUUAUUCUGGAUAUGGCACCUCCAGCUUGCAACAAGAUGCCACGGAACUUGAUCAAUUAAUCAGCUAUUUAAUCAACAAAGAAGAUUCUGAAGGUGUGGUACUUCUUGGUCAUAGUACUGGCUGUCAGGAUAUUGUGCACUACAUGCGUACAAAUGCUGCCUGUUCGAGAGCUGUCCGCGGUGCCAUCUUGCAGGCCCCAGUUAGUGAUCGUGAAUACAAAGCAACUCUUCCAGAGACUGCUACUUUAAUUGACUUAGCUUCAACCAUGAUAAAAGAAGGGCGAGGAUCUGAGCUGAUGCCCAGAGAAGCAGAUGAAAGCUCUCCAAUUACUGCUAACAGGUACUAUUCCCUCUGUGCAUAUAUGGGUGAAGAUGACAUGUUCAGUUCUGAUCUUACUGAUGAUCAGCUGAGAAUGACACUUGGGCAUAUGUGCAACACUCCUUGCCAGGUUAUCUUUUCGAUGGCUGAUGAGUAUGUGCCAGAGUAUGUUGACAAGAAAUCUUUGGUUGAAAGGGUAUGUCUUCAAUCAAUGCAGAUUGUGCAGAGCCCUGGGUGGGGCAGAAAAGGUUGAAAUAGAGCAUGGUAAUCACUCGCUCUCUAACAGAGUUUCUGAAGCUGUCCAGGCUAUUGUUGACUUUGUCAAAAGGGAGGGUCCCAAGGGUUGGGAUGAUCCAUGGACCUAGCACGGCGCCUUUUCUACUUCCUACAACGUUUUUGCUUUACUCUCCCGUUUUUUUCCUUUUUAAGUCUCCAGGCAUGUUAAAUUUUUUUAAUUCUUUUUUGCCUUUCUUUUUCCACAUUAUAUUAUCAAUAGUUUCCAUCUUGGUUUCCCUCAUUCAUUUAUUUUCUCAUUGUUAAAACUGUAAAGCAGUGAACCUUUGAUUGGCUGAAGGGGUUGCCUUACAAUUUCAAUCAUCAAGCCUGAUUUUGUAGUUGUAUGUUUUUAGAAAGAAAUGGUCAUAUUAUCAGGUUUGACUU